AUGGGUGGACUCAUCUCUCUCCUCGCUGGCGACCACUCCAAGGGCGUGGACAUUAUUUUGAAUUUUGAAGGUGCCGAGCCUUCAUCCGAGGAGGAGAGGCAGAUCCACGCCGCGGUAGCCGCGGCCAUUUCCAACCCCGGCCCGGAGAACGAGGAGGCGGCUUGGAAUGCCGUUCUGCCCGCCGUCGAUCAGCUGAAGGAAUUCUACGAUUUCUCGCUUUCUCUUGAGGAGAGCUUCCCCAAGCUGCUCCUCGCCCUCUGCAAGGAAGCGCCCAGGGAGAGCCUUGGCAACCAGCAGGCCUUGGCCAAGCAGCUCGCCGACGUGUUCGACUUUGUCCUCCGCUUCGAUGACGCCAAGAUGGUCAACCCGGCGAUCCAGAACAACUUCAGCUACUACCGGCGCACGCUCAACCGCAUGAAGCUGUCGAAGAAGGACAUGAACCUCACCAUCCGCGACGAGCUGGCCAACCGCAUGUCCCUCUUCUUCGCCUCGCCCACCCCGAUGAUGAACUCGCUCUCGGAGACGACCGUCAAGUUCCUCAACGAGGACUCGACGGUGCCCAAGGAGAACGUGACCGACGCCCUGGCGACGAUGGUCAACGUGUGCCAGCACAUGGUGGAGGUCAAGACCUUCUCCUCCGACCAGACCAACCUGUUCUGCCUGCGCGCCAUGACCGGCGCCAUCAUCCUCUACGACCACCUCCACCCACAGGGCGCCUUCAACAAGAAGUCUCCCAUCAACAUGCGCGGCUGCAUCACCGUCCUCCGCAACUUUGUGCCCCAGGCCGGCGGCUCUGGCAGCGCCCCGUCCCCCUCGGCCGGUCUCCUCAACGCCCUUCGCUUCACGACAAAGCACCUCAACGACCCCGACACCCCCGCCAACAUCAAGCAGCUCCUCGCCUCCUCCUGA